AGCCACUCGUGCCUUUGUAGGAGUUCGCGAAAUGCCCAUUCGUCGACCCCACCGGAAAUCCAGACAUGGCUGCAAAGCCUGUAAACGACGAAGAGUGAAAUGCGAUGAAGUACGGCCAACCUGUUCUAAUUGCAAACAACGGCAAGAAGACUGUGACUAUGGCACAGACACCCCUUAUAUCUGGGCUACCGAGGAAAGUACCCCUCGGCGGCGAGCGCGAAGCCGGGGGAAAACAUCUUCCAAUAGUGAGGAUCCAGUGCUACCAUCAGCAGAUGCCUCUUUCGACCUGUUAGACAGGUUCGGAACAAAUGGCACAACGGCCAGCCCUACUCCGGGCCUGGAAAUGAAUCAGCUGAAGCUCAUAGUCCAGUGGCAAAGGGAUACUCACCGAUUCUUCUCGCGAAAUGAAGAAACGAAGCAUAUAUGGGGUGUGUUACUUGUUGAAGAAGCUUUAAAUACGCCUUUCUUAAUGCACGGCAUCCUAGCUGUGUCCGCGUUGCACCUCUCCUUAUCGGAGGCUGAACCACAAAAGUCCUUCUGGCUUGGAUUGGCCACAGCGCAUAAAAGCCAAGCACUACCACAAUUUCUGGAAAAUCUACACAGUGUCGAUGCAGCCAAUGCAAAGGCAAUGAUGGGCCUCUCUGGGCUGGUAGUGGCGUUUGCCUUCGGCUCUGCGUUGACUGGGGUUUCUGACGCCGACCAGCCUUGUUUAGAUACUCUUCAUAACAUAUUUGUCCUUUCUCGUGGCGUUCAGCAGAUCAUCAACGUGGCUUCUACUUUACGACACAGUAACUUUGCUCCUCUCUUCGAUCCCACCCCACCACAGGUGGCUUACCCUGGCCGUGCCAAAGAAUCCCUUGAUCGCCUCGAACAGCUUAAUACCGCGUAUGGGACGGACGGGGAACAUGAUACUGCUGCAUAUACACGUGCCAUUCAGGAGCUAAGAGGGCUGUCUGUUCACACGUUUGCCCAACCGACUUCCAUGAUGCUGGCUGUUGGCUGGGCCAUCAGGGCGACCCCUGAGUAUCUUCAACACGUGCAGCGGCAGGAGCCUUUCGCUCUAGUUACUCAUGCUCAUUAUUGCACCUUCCUCCAUAUAGCGCGAGAAAAUUGCUUCCUUCAGUCCUGGGGCAGCCGCGUGCUUCGGGAGAUUUAUCAUCUACUAGAUUCCACGUGGAGACCAUAUAUUACUUGGCCUAUCAGUGAAGUCUUUGGGGAGAACGUGGCUCUGUGAGGAUACCGUAUAAGCUAUCGCUUUUUCUUUCCUCUGGCUUUACAUUCAUCAUAGCGUUUUCAUAUGUAUAAAGCGUUUGUAUAAUUAAUUUAUUACUCGCCCGAAGGAACCAGGCGAUUUUACCGCCAGAACCUGAUGGAAACCAGAGUAGUCAAGUCACUAAUUUUCAUCAAGAAUGUAUCUCAGUAGCCAUAAAGUGGAUAACAAAGCGUG